GCGCCGCCGAGUUGAAAGGUUAUGUAGUGUAUCACGUGUGCCGGUGCUUGUCCGGCACGCGCUGAGGACGUGGGGUUUAUUAACGUGUUUGUGGGUUUCUACUUUUGAAAAUGGCAGUAUAUCAUGACGAAGUAGAAAUUGAAGACUUUGAGUAUGAUGAGGAUACGGAAACGUAUUAUUAUCCCUGCCCGUGUGGAGAUCGGUUUGCGGUAACGAAGGAAGAUCUUGAAAAUGGCGAGGAAGUUGCCACAUGUCCAAGUUGUUCAUUAAUAAUCAGAGUUAUCUAUGAUAAGGAGGACUUUAUGUCUGGGGAAGUAAUAGAAGCACCUAAAGCAACUAAAUUGGAGCUGGUGAAGAGCUGACAUAUAAUAACAUCAGAUAUUUUAUGAGGUGGAGGCUGCUUCAUUUCAGGCCAAUGGAGGAGGCCGCCUUUCUUAUUUGCUGCUUUAAGACUAUGAAGUUCAUAUAUGCAUGGGUCAUGGUCUUGUUGGGUCACUACAGAAUUAUGUAUUUAAAUUUAACUUGUCUGAUUAUAACAAAGACUUGCAUUUUUAUUUAACAUAUAUGAUAUUUAUUCAGUGUUAAUACAGAAAAGUACAUUGGAUGUAUUGUUGGGGGUGGGGAACUAAUAAAGUAAAUUUGUAAGAUUAUCUUUUUUAAUAAAUCUCAAACUGUUUUGA